AGCUUCUGUCAGGGGAGCCGGGCGUGCGGAGGCGGCUGAGGAGGCGGGAAGGCGGCAGUGGUUGAAGGGGCGAUUGCUGCCUUGCGGGGAGGAGGUCCGAGAGCGUGGGCAGCCAUGGUGAUGGCGGCGAAGAAGGGCCCAGGCCCGGGUGGCGGGGUCGGCGGAGGAAAGGCGGAGGCGGAGGCGGCCUCGGAGGUGUGGUGUCGCCGGGUGCGGGAGCUGGGCGGCUGCAGCCAGGCCGGCAACCGCCACUGCUUCGAGUGCGCCCAGCGCGGGGUCACCUACGUGGACAUCACCGUGGGCAGCUUCGUCUGCACCACCUGCUCCGGCCUCCUGAGAGGCCUGAACCCCCCACAUCGAGUCAAGUCCAUCUCCAUGACAACUUUCACUGAGCCCGAAGUAGUAUUCCUGCAAUCCCGUGGGAAUGAGGUUUGCAGGAAGAUUUGGCUGGGUCUUUUUGAUGCUCGGACAUCUUUAAUACCAGAUUCCAGGGAUCCUCAGAAGGUGAAGGAGUUUCUCCAGGAAAAAUAUGAGAAGAAGAGAUGGUAUGUCCCCCCAGACCAAGUCAAGGGGCCCGCUUACACCAAAGGCAGUGCCACCACCCCUCUCCAGGGCUCCCUCCCGGAAGGGAAGCCCCUGCGGACACUUCUAGGGGAUCCUGUGCCGUCUCUCUCAGCUGCUGCCUCCACCUCGAGCCAGUCUGUCAGUCAGUCUCAGUCUCGGACAUCCCAGCCCCGGAGCUCUCAGCCACCUCCUCCCUCCUCAGUCAAGAAAGCCAGUACUGACCUGCUGGCUGACAUCGGUGGAGACCCCUUCGCUGCUCCCCAGGUGGCACCCACUUUUGCUGUAUUCCCAGCCUUUGGGGGCCAGACACCUUCCCAUGGGGGCUUUGCCAACUUCGAUGCCUUUGGCAGUAGCCCCAGCCCUUCUGCAUUUGGAAGCAUUCCUCCAGCUGGCCAAGCCCCAUUCCAGGCCCAGCCAGCACCCACAGCCAGUCGGAUGCUAACGGGAAGUUACAGCUUUGGGAGCAGCCAGGGGACUCCAUUUGGUGCCUCUCCUCUUGCGCCUGCCAGUCAGCCCAACAGCCUCACAGAUAUGGGCAGUCUCCUGGGAGCCGGGGCGUCAGCUGGAGGUGUCCCUAGCAGCAUCUUCGGGAUGGCCGGCCAGGUCCCCACGCUCCCAUCGGCUACAACUGGUGGAGGUGGCAGUGCAGGACUUGCCUUUGGAGCCUUCACCAACCCUUUCACAGCUCCUGCUGCUCACCCACAGCUGCCUUCCACCAACCCAUUCCAGCCCAAUGGCAUCGCCACAGGGCCUGGCUUCGGGAUGAGCAGUGCUGGGCCUGGCUUCCCCCAGACAGUGCCACCCACUGGAGCCUUUGCCAGCACCUUCCCACCACCGAUCUUCCCCACACAGACAUUGGUGGCUCAGCAGCAGAAUGGCUCUUCCUUCAGCGACUUAGGAUCAGCCAAGCUGGGGCAGAGGCCACUAAGCCAGCCAGCGGGCAUCUCCACCAACCCCUUCAUGACUGGAUCCUCAUCAAGCCCAUUUGCCUCCAAACCUCCGACCACCAACCCAUUCUUGUAGCACUGUGUCCUGGGGUGGGCCCUUCUCUGCUCUCUGGGGCCCCUCUACUGCCUGGAGCUCUGGUGACCACUUGCCUGUGGCAUUUCUGUGCGUCUGAGACCAGAAUGGGCCUUAUUUUGUAGGGUAGGGGUCCUAGGGAUGGUAGAGGUCCUGAUGCUUUGCUUGGGGCUUGCAGAUAAAAGGCAGCUUCCCAGGUCAGCUACCCCCAAGGCUUCCUCCCUCCCUCCCUCCAGCCCGAGCCCAGGCAGGAGGCCCAGGAAGAGAGAAGACAGGGCCUGGCCUCGAGGAGUGAUGGUGUUUCAUUUCUCAAAUUAUUCAUUAUGAUGACAAUCAUCCUCCUCCUCUCCUGCCCUCAGCAUACACAGUGCUCCCUUCACUCCCAGCCCUGGGCGCGGAGGAAGCUGUGGGCACAGACUGACCGGCUUUCCCUGUGGGAACAACUCUUUCCCCAUGCCCAGCUUUCCAGCACUGUUCUCGUGGAGGGAAGCACAGUGGGGAAGUAGGGGAGAGGUGGAGAUGAGGCGUGGUGUUGCUGUGAAGGCCCAGGGAGGGGUGGGGGCAGCCAGAGUGCCCUUGGGGCCCUGCUUGGGCCAGCAUACCCUUUUCUCCCCACCCCUGCCCGGCAAGGAGGCCCUCCAUGGCUGUGCUUCCCCAGCUCCCUCCCUCAUCCUGGGCAUUCAGGAUGAAUAGUUUUACCGACAUACUUAAACGUGCCCAGCUCCUGUCAAGCACUUUAGUUAGCCGUGGUGUCAUGUUUGGAUACCGGUGUUUUAUAUUUAUACAUAGAGAAUUUUCUAAUAUAGCCUAUUAUAUAUAUAUACACACAUAGAGAGAUAUACACACAUGCAGCCGUUCUCCCGCUCAGACAGCUCUUUGACAUGGGGAAUGGGACGAAUCCCCAUCUGUGCCUCCACCAGCAAAGCCAGAGCUCCAGGGGGUGGGGGGGAGGGCAGUCACAUGUCCUGUCCACCCCAGAGCCUGGGCUUUUCCAGGGAAAGGCUUUGUGCAAUUGGCUGUUUUUUCUUUCUUUUUUCCACGUGCCUCCCCUGCCCCCAAUCUCUGCACCAAAGCUGUUGCUGGCAAUGUUGGAAAAGAACUGCAUUUGAAAGAAAAA